CCGUCAGGCAAUGCGGGCGCGGAUGGGGCGGCGGAAUGUGACAGGGGUGACGUAGUGACGUGGGACGCUGUUGCCGUGCUGCUCUCAUAGAGGAGGAGCGGAGUGAAGAUGGCGGAGCGUGGUUACAGUUUCUCUCUGACCACUUUCAGUCCUUCAGGUAAACUUGUACAGAUUGAAUAUGCGUUGGCUGCGGUAGCUGCAGGAGCACCUUCUGUCGGAAUCAAAGCUGCAAAUGGUGUCGUUCUGGCAACUGAGAAAAAACAGAAAUCCAUAUUGUAUGAUGAGCAGAGUGUACAUAAAGUGGAACCAAUCACCAAACACAUAGGCAUGGUGUACAGCGGCAUGGGCCCGGAUUACAGAGUCCUAGUUCGCAGGGCCCGGAAACUUGCCCAGCAGUAUUUCCUUGUGUACCAGGAGCCUAUACCAACAGCACAGCUAGUACAGAGAGUGGCAUCCGUCAUGCAGGAAUACACACAGUCUGGUGGCGUACGUCCAUUUGGAGUCUCGUUAUUAAUUGCAGGUUGGGAUGAAGAUCGACCAUAUUUAUUCCAGUCCGAUCCUUCUGGGGCAUAUUUUGCAUGGAAGGCCACAGCAAUGGGAAAGAAUUAUGUAAAUGGAAAGACUUUCCUUGAAAAAAGAUAUAACGAAGAUCUUGAACUGGAAGAUGCCAUCCACACAGCAAUCUUAACACUGAAGGAGAGCUUUGAGGGCCAGAUGACGGAAGACAACAUCGAAGUGGGCAUCUGCAAUGAAGCUGGAUUCAAGCGCCUCACCCCUGCUGAAGUCAAGGAUUACUUGGCAGCUAUAGCAUAAAUGACUUCCGGUUGGGGAGGUUGGUUGAUGUAGUUUUUUUUUUCUGCCACUAAAGGAUACAAAAUGGUUUCUUUGCAGAUUUUUUUGCAUACUUUCUUAUUUCUACCUGUCCGACAGAUCUUUUUAAAUAUGACAUGAAUCUAAUCACAAUAAAUGACAUCAAACAGACCA